UUUGUGGCCAAAAUGCGAACUUCAUACAAACCAACCCUUAAUAUCUAUCUCUUCGUCGCUCUCAUAUCGAAUGUUUUUUCAAAAGGUUGGAACGAAAAACCCUUUUACGAAGACUGCAAGUAUGGUGACGUUUUAUUAGUUGGUCUUUUCAGAGUUCACGAGGAAACUGUUGACGAUGAAUGCAGUACUGCAUUGAACAUUCAGGAGUUCGCUAGUGCACAAGCUUUGAUCUACGCAAUUGACCAGGUAAAUAAGAGCCCGUAUCUACUUCCGAAUAUAACACUGGGUUAUCGGAUUUUUGACACCUGUGGAAUUCCUUCAAGAGCAAACGCCAUGGCAUUCUCAUUGGUGACUGAUAGCGCUCUAACCGAACGCAGUGAUGUGUUUAACGCAACCGCUCCAGAAGAACAAGUUUUCAGCUCAUGCCAAGUGAAUGUCUCAACUCGUCCAAUUGCGGCGGUCAUUGGUCCGAGUGAUUCUGCUAGUUCGGUUGUUGUAGCAAGUAUGCUACAAGUUAGGAACACGGCACUUAUCAGUCCCUCAGCAACAAGUGACGAGUUAAGCCUACCUUACUAUGAGACAUUUUUCCGCACCAUACCCCCGGAUAGUCAACAAGCCGAAGCAAUCGGUGACGUCAUUGACUAUUUCAAUUGGACUUACAUUGGGGUAGUCGGUAGCGAUAGUUCUUACGGAAGAUAUGGCGUGAGAGCUCUGGAGCAUGUAGCACAUGAGCGAAACACUUUCUGUAUUCACAGCAUAGAUUACAUUCCUCCUGCAAAUUACGAAAACAAAAUUCAGAGAAUCGUCGCGAGGUUGAAAAGGGCAGCCACUGUCAAAGUCAUCGUACUUUGGACUGGAGGCAUCUCAAUUCUUCAUUAUUUCUUCCAGGAGUGUUACAAUCAGAAAUUGUUCGAUCGGACGUGGAUCGCUCCUGAUGGUUGGUCAGAGACAACUUCUGUGUUAACAUCUUUGUAUUCACUUGGGUUCAAUGGAGUCAUCGGAACCACUUUCCGCUAUUUUAACGUGUCCGGCUUCGAAGAGGAUCUCUUGUCUACCAACGCAUCUUCCCCGCUCUUACAGAAUAAAUGGUGGAAGGAAUUUUGGCAACAAGUGAACAACUGCUCUCAAUUUCCGUGGAAGGGUUGCGAAGAUCAGCUGACUAGAGUAAACGAGGAUUUACUUUCAAUCAUGCACUCCACAACCUUAGCUUACGUCAUUGAUGCGGUUCGGGCUGCUGCACAUGCAAUUGAUGCAGUUUACCGCUGCCAACAAGGCCCGCAGAACCUGUCUAAAAUCACAUGCCCACUUUCAAAUACACUCGCCGACAAUGUGUUACGCUCUCUGAGGAAUAUUCAAUUUCAGGGAAUGGCGGGUAAUAUUAGCUUCAACGAAAACGGUGAUUCUCUGCGUUCGGCAGCAUACGAUAUCGUCAACUACCAAAUCGUACCAGGGGAAACUCCUAUUCUUAAACAGGUCGGGACCUGGGAUAGAUCCAUUGCGCAGAGAUUACAGCUUAAGAGGGGACUGUUAGUUUGGAACAAUGGAAGCAAAGUCGUUCCAUCUUCUCGUUGCAGUGAUCCCUGUCUUCCAGGGACGAGACAAUCUGCGACCAUAAAUUGUUGCUGGGAGUGUAUCCCUUGCCGGUCUGGGUCAAUUAGUACAAGUUACAGCUCAACAAACUGCACAGCCUGUAAAGCAGAUGAAAAAACCAAUCAAGGCAAUACAGUUUGUGUGCCUCUUCCACUGAAUAAUUUAUCACCGGAUGAUCCUCGAAGCAUCGGCUUAUUAGUCGUUGCGGCAAUUGGUGUCAUCCUUACUUCACUAACGUUUGGAGUAUUUGUGAAAUACCGUCAAACUCCAAUGGUAAAAUCCUCAAAUCAAGAACUUAGCUACGUGUUUUUGCUAAACAUUUUUGUGGCUUUCUUGGCAGCUUGCUUUCUCAUAUUUGAGCCGACUCCGUUUUCAUGCACGACAUAUAUUAUUGUUGUUCCCAUAUGCAUCAACAUUAGCCUCUCGAUUUUGUUUCUGAAAACUGCUCGCUUGCUUCAUGUAUUUGAUUUUCAGGGGGCUGCAGCGUCGAAAUCUCGCUGGAUUUACAACAGAAAGUACCAGUUUAUAGCUCUUGGAUUUCUUAAUAUUUUACCUGUGAUUUUCGUGAUCGUUCUCCUGUUGUUUGAACCACCUAGAGUUUACGUAACUAUAGUCCCACUUCAGCACAAGACUAUUACGUGUGACCACAAUGAAUCUUUCGUGGGUGAGAUAAUCCACGUCACUAUUUAUGUAUACGAAUUCUUUUUGUCACUAAUGAUAACAUAUUAUGCUUUCAGAGCAAGAAAACUGCCAGCUAAUUUCAAAGAGACAAAGUAUAUAGCUUUUAACAUGUACAUUCAGUUAAUAACAUGGGGCCUUGUAAUAGUCAUCUUUACAAGCCUACAGUCAGGCAGGACUAGAACGUUUUUGAACUGUUGUUCUCAACUUUGCAGCUCUUUUAGUUUUCUGCUUUGCAAUUUUGCACCAAAGCUGUUCAUUAUUCUGCGGCACCCGGAGAAAAAUACACCUGAGUUUGUGAAAGCCGCCGUUUCGCGAGAUACGAUGGCAAAAAUCAUGUCAAACACAUUUCUUCGAUCCAAGAGAACGGUAUUCGUGCCACCUCCCUUGGGGUUAUCAAGCAGUGGUAAGCCUUCAUUGGUCAGAGAUGGAAAUUUAUACAAGUCUAACGGCAGAAAUGGUCCAAGAGGAGUGACAUGGGACAGUCUCGUGACAACAUGUGGUCAAGUGUCGCAGAGAGAUGUUGUGGAGUUGCACAUGCGUAACGGCAUCUCGCCAACCCAUGUAAAUGGGGCAUCUUCAGAAAGUUGUAAAAAGGGAAUUAUGGCAAAAUCAAGAGAUUGCAACACAGGAAACGAUGGAGACUACGCAUUUCAUAAUAAUGCGAUACAAAUGGACAAGCUAGAAGACCCUAUUAUCCUACGAAAUGAGGAUCAUAACAGUGAGGUCGAAAAUACAUCCUUUUGACUACCCUUUCCAGAGCUUCCCAUAACACAUUAUUUUCACUUUGCCGGGCAUUGUGGCGCUUUUUGCGAGCUAAAAUUGAGAUUUUGGCGGGAUAAACUGUAUUUUGGCCCGGAAUGUUUUCAAUUUGUUUUUCAUUUGAUAAAACAUAGUAAUAGUUUAUGUUCUUGAAUAAAAACGUGUUCUCGGCCCUUCCUAGAGUCAUUUUAACCCUCGCCAGGAGCGAUGGGCUCCUGCCCUCAUCUAACGGCUCAGAGUAAGAUGACCUUCAGUCGUAUCUAUUCCUAGGAGCAUAUAAUCUUUUUGUAAAUUAAUAAGGUCAUUUCACAAUGCUUUCUUUUCUCAGUUUAGUUUUAUUUUAAAGUAUUUAUUGUAAUCAAGUUUUUUCGUCGAAAGACUUCAAAAACCUUAGUUGGAUCCAGUCUCCAACCGUAACUCUUACUCAGUCUGUAGGAGUAGUUUCACCUGUUACCCAGUAGUUCUUCCUGAGAAGAAGCGAAAGUAAA